UCAUUACGGGAGAGGAAUUAAGAACAAGACGCAAGAAGAGAGCUCGUCGAUCAAACACAUCAUAUUUUUAUACAAGCUACAAGUUCUAUCAUUCAACCAAUCAAGUUCAAGUUAAAAAUUAGGAACGACGACAAAUAUCAAGGCGUUCAAUAUCAAGUUACUUGGUGGUAAAUAAUUAAAAUCCAAACUCAAAUACGAAGAUUCAAGAUCAAGCUACUCAAGAGAAGAUGGAAAAGGGCUUCUUCAAGUUUUUCUCCCCUGAAAGGAGCUCAAAGCGGCUGAAAAUCCCCAUAGCUUAUACAGAUUACAUGGAUGGAGAGUUACCUAUGAAGGUUUCUCUUAGGGAUCGGUUCGGUAAUAUGUGGCAUAUAGGAUUAGCCAAAAUAGGAAAAGAUUUUUAUUUUCAAUAUGGAUGGGAGAAAUUCAUUGAGGAGAGUACAUUAGAGUAUGGAGACUUUUUGAUUUUUGACUAUGAUGGAAAUGGAGUAUUUGACUUCAAAUUACUUGGACACACUUGUUGUGAAAAGGAAGAAGCUAGAGGUUUAAAAGAAAAAGAAGAAGAAGACGAAGGAAUCGAGGAGGAAGAAGAAAAUGAAAGAGAAAAAAUUACAUGUAAGAAAAAGGAGCCACAUUCAAAAGGUAGACGUGUGGAAGAAAAAGAAGAUGAUGAUGACGAAUAUGAGGAAUAUGAAGAAGAAGAGGAGGAAGAAAUUGAAGAGGAAGAGAAAGAUGAGACUGAAAGAGCCCCACAUUCAAAACGCAUACACGUGGAAGAGGAAGAUGAUGAUGAAGAGGAGGAAGAUGAGGAGGAAACCGAGGAGGAGGAGGAAGAGGCAGAAGAGAAUGCAAGGGCUGGCGUAUCCAAGAAAGAGGUGCCACAUUCAAAAGCUGGAUGCAAAAGGGCCACUGUUUGCAAGGUGAGGGACCAAUAUGGUGCAGAUAUAUUCAAAAGUGGACGUGCAACUCAGCCAAAAAAUCCUUACUUUGUAAUGAAAAUACGACAAAAAAGGAAAAACCAGGUGUAUGUUCCUAUUGAUGUGGUGAGAGACAACAAACUUGAAAUCCCUCCAACAAUGAACAUUCGUGACUCUAAGGGCAGAGAAUUUGAGACAAAACUCAAAAAUUGGAAGGAUGGUAGAAUAUGGCUACGCGGAGGAUGGCGCAGUUUAUGCAGAAUGAACCUUGUGGAGAAAGAUGACAGGUGCAUUUGCGAAUUUGUGAAAGGAAAAGGCAAAAAAGGCCUUUACUUGCGAGUUCAAGUUCUUUAUGAAGGAGCAAGUUCCCAACCCAACUAGACGUAUAAGAAAUAGUUUGUUGCUAUUUAACAUAGUAAUUUAAUUAUUAUGGCCUUAAGUGCUCUUAUAAGUAGAUAAAUAUUGAAGAUUAAGUACUGUUAUUUGUUGACAAAAAUUGAAGACAUAUCUAAAUUGUAUUAAUAGCUCAAGAAAUUAUUAAGCCAA